AUGGCUAUCUACAACCCCUUUGCUAGACGGGAAUCGCACAGUCGUUCCUCCUUGUCAACGUAUCGUGUUCUCGUUCCCUUGUCAUGGCUUCUCGUCGUCGUACUCGGUAUCUACUACACUGUGAAUUCUCCGCAUGAUGUCAAGCAUGGCCAUAAGAUUUUCAACCAAGGCCAUACGCACAUCACUCCCUUCAGCCUGAACACCACUAUCACCGAGAUAUACUGGGUCCUUCUGCUUCUCACGCAGCUCAGCUAUGUCUACCACCUUUUCUCCAACGACGCCGCCAUCGUCAACGCAGCCGCCAAUGUCGGAACCCACUUCAUCCUGAACAACCUGUUCACCGCUGCCUGGAUUCUGCUGUGGACGCGCGGUCACUUCUGGGGCUCUGAGAUCAUGCUGAUCGCCAACUAUGUCAACCAGCAUGCGGCCUACUGGCGUCACCGCAAUCUCCCGACAUUCGUGCAUCUUUCGGCAGUCGCGGGACCCUACGCCUGGACCCUGAUCGCCCUCUUCUGGAAUGGAGCCGUCGCUGUCAAUAGCAACAGCUUCCCCGCGCGGAUUGUCGCGAACAUCUUUAUCUGGUUGAUCUUCGCUUUCGGCUCCACUCAUAUCAUGGCGACGCAGGACGAUCUUCUGGGCUACUGCUUGACUUUCUUGACACUUGCACUGGCUGUCAAACAACUCGCCAUCAAGGUCAUCGCCCUACAGUGGAUCUUCGCCUUUGUCAUCUUCGCCGUCUUCCUCGUCGAGUCGAUCUACCUCUCCAGCACCAAGUACUACGGUCGCGACUCGCUCUUCUGUAGAAUCGUGGAACCUGAGCCCACUGACCGCGAGAGAGAGCCACUGCUCAACAACGCUGCUAAUGUUUAA